AUGGGCAGUCCGACAGGGAGCAAGAGAUCCAGCCGAAGCGACUCUGAGGCCGGGGCUGCUCCCAGGUCAAGCCCCGUUCACAAAUCAAGUCCGCCGGGACACUUAGACGAUCAGAGACACCUGGACGAGGAGCUGACGGCUGAGAAUCUGGGCCUCUUACAUGGGGAUGCCGUCAUCGAGCCUGGUGGCAGCGACGAGGAUGGCGAGUUCUCGCCCAGUGAAUUCGAUGCCGAAUCACUCAGCAACGUUUCAGAUUCCACUUCGCUGAAUUCCAGCAUCCUGCAGCAUAGUUUUGUGAAUGGUCGACGAUACCAUCGCUAUCGACAUGGCAGAUAUCCGAUCCCGAAUGAUGAUACCGAGCAGAAUCGGGAGGAUAUGCUGCAUACGAUGAUGUUGGAGGCGACAGACGGCAAGCUGUAUUAUGCUCCAAUCGGGGAUCAUAUCCAGAAGAUUAUCGACUUGGGCACUGGGACGGGCUUAUGGGCAAUGGACAUGGGGGACAAGUUUCGAGGCGCCGAAAUCCUAGGAAUCGAUCUGAGUCCCAUCCAGCCCCAAUGGGUCCCUGCGAACGUCACAUUCAUCAUCGACGAUGUGGAGGCCGAGUGGCUCAAUGGCGAUAACUGGGACUUCGUUCACCUACGCAACAUGAUACCCGUUAUGAAAUCACCAGUUGAUCUUCUCAAACAAGCAUACGACCAUAUGAAGCCCGGCGGUUGGGUCGAGCUACAAGACGUAGACGGAGAUGUUCAUUCCGACGAUAAUACAGUUCCGGAUGACUGGCCGCUGAAGCGAUUUACCGAGAUUCUGCUUGAGGGAUUCGCAAAGUUUGGCACGAAUGCUCAUGCAGCUGUUUUUGGAGGGCAGUACUUGGAAGAGGCAGGCUUUGUUAAUAUCCAGCACAACUAUAUCAAGCUGCCAUACGGCACAUGGCCAAAAGACAAGGUCAUGCGCCUAGUUGGCAUGUACUACCGCAUCGCCUGCGAGGAAUUCUUCCCCGCCGUCGGCGCCAUCCAUUUCCCCAUGCUCGGAUGGGAAAAGGACGAAAUGGAAAUCUUCUUCAUGCAGUGUCGCCAGGCUAUGCGAGAUCCCAAAGUCCACGCGUACGGCAAGAUGCAUUUUUGGAGCGGUCAAAAACCUCUUAAUGCGUGA